AUGACUCCGGAAUCUAGUCCAAAGAAAGAUGCCGAUGAUGGUGUGACAAAGCAGCUGUGCGCAUGGGUGAAUCAACUUUCUUUGGGGGAUAUCCCUGAGGAUGUCCAGACCCGAGCAAAGUAUCUCAUCCUUGAUGGUUUUGGCUGUGCAAUUGUGGGAGCCCACCUUCCCUGGACCGAGAAAGCGGCCAAGGCAGUUUUCGAGAUGGAAUCUCCGGGGAAUUGUGUUGUGUGGGGAUAUGACAAGAAACUUGGGCCACUACCCGCAGCUUUAUUGAAUAGCACAGAAGUCCAGGCUUUUGAACUGGACGAUUGGCAUUCGUUGGCUCCCUUGCACUCAAAUUCAAUCCUACUGCCUGCCCUUCUAGCAGCCACCAGCCACGAGAGAGCUAACGGUGCACGGACCUUCAAUGGCGCGUCCUUGUUGCUUUCAACUAUCGUUGGCUAUGAGACGGGACCCCGAGUUGGUUUGUGUCUACAUGGGAGUCACAUGCUGACGAGGGGUUGGCACUCGGGUGUCGUCUUUGGCCAUGCUGCUGCCGCAGCUGCUGUUAGCAAGGUGCUUGGGCUCCCUCCCAAUGCUAUUGAGGAUGCCCUCGGUAUUGCCUGUACUCAGGCUUGUGGUCUGAUGUCUGCCCAAUUCGGUAGCGACGUCAAACGUAUGCAGCAUGGGUUCGCAGCACGAAACGGACUGUUUGCUGCUCUCCUAGCAAAGGGCGGAUAUGCCGGUAUUAAACAAGUUUUCGAAGAGCCAUACGGUGGAUUCCUAGCUACUUUUGGACAGGGUUCUGGGAAAGAGCCUCCGUACUUGAUUGAUGAACUAGUCAAGGAACUGGGCCAGACAUGGCAGUUGGAUUCUAUUCGGGUUAAGCCUCAUGCUUCUAUGGCAGGAACACACUGCACCAUUGAUACAGUUGAAGCACUACAAAAGGAGUAUCCGUCAAAGUUAAUCGAUUUGGCCAACAUCAAGAGCAUCAAGAUCGAGAUGUCUGAGCCAGCUUUUAAACACGGCGGAUGGAAGGCACGCCGACCCCUGACAGUGACGGGAGCACAGAUGAGUUGUUCCUAUGCUGCAGCGGUCCAGCUUGUCGAUACCCAGGUAUCACCACGGGAGUUUCACCAUGACAUGAUUGAUCGGGAUUCUAUCUGGGAUUUAGUCGACAAGACGGAGUGUGUACACUCACCAGGGCUGGGCGGGAGGUUCGAGCAAAAGAUCACAAUAACUUUUAUGGAUGGAGAUACCAUUUCGCAGGUUGUGCAUGUACCAAAGGGUGUCAGUCCUCCUUUGUCUAACACAGAAAUCUUGGAGAAGUUUAGGAGGUUCACGAAGGGCUUGAUUGAUGACGAAAGGCGGGAGAAGAUUGAGAAGUUGGUUCUGGACAUGGAGAAUCUGGAGGAUAUCUCUGUCUUAGAUGAAUUGCUUGCUAAGCUAGUUUAG